ACUAAGAAAAGGAGGAAUAAUGGAAGGUCUAAGAAGGGCCGAGGACAUGUCCAGUUCGUUCGCUGCACUAACUGCGGUAGAUGUUGUCCAAAGGAUAAGGCUAUUCGAAAAUAUGUAAUUAGAAAUGUUGCUGAGGCUGCAGCUGUUAAGGAUUUAACUGAGGCAUCCGUGUAUACUGAUUACGUCCUCCCGAAAAUUUACGUCAAAUUGUACUACUGUGUCAGUUGUGCUAUUCACGGAAAGGUUGUCCGUGGACGUUCUAAGGAAGCCCGUAAGAUCAGGAAGCCCCCACCUCGUCCCGUCGCUUUCAAUCGUAAUUAA